AGGGCUUCGCAGAAGCGGAAGCUUCCAUCGCCAGAUCCCGAGGGCAUUUUCCGAGGCAUGAUCGUCUUCCUAGUGCCGGAGGGUAUGCAGUCCCAGAGGCUUAAGGUAUGGAAGCAGAAGUUAUCACAAAUGGGGGCUAGAGUUGAAGAUGGUUUUUCGGAGAGAGUUACUCAUAUUUUUGCAUUAGGCAUUAGGACACUUCUUCAGCGAGUGAGUAUUGAAAAGUUGCAAAAUUUUAAAGGAAGUUUGAUCAAUUAUCAGUGGUUGGAAGAUUGCUUGAAGUCAGGAGAAAAAUUGCCCGAUGAUUCAUAUACUAUAAUAUCAGCAUCUAAAGAGCAUGCCAAAUUAGCUCAGUUAUUGGAAAUGAAUCAGCCUAAAUCAAUUGAUCCAAGUUUCCGUGAUAAUGAUUUAUCACCUAGCAAAAGGAACAAAAUCUUGGCUGAUGGUUUGAAGGCUACAGAUGAUUCUAGCAGUGUUGAGGAUAGCUUGAUAGCUAUUUCUUCCCAGGAAGAGUCGGGUGAAUUUCUUAGGGGUGAAGUGGUAACAAAUGAAAGACAACUCAACCCUCAAAGUUGCUCGGAUGAUGUCUCCAAUCCUCUUGAUCGUCAUACUGAUGUUCCUGAAGAAUCAAAAGAACUAUCUCCGCUGUACAGUCCACCUGAUCUAAAUAAGGACAUUACUGAGAUAUUUGGGAAGCUUAUUAACAUUUAUAGAGCAUUAGGCGAUGAUCGCAGGUCAUUCAGUUAUCAGAAAGCCAUUCCAGUGAUAGAGAAAAUACCUUUUAAAAUUGAUAAUGUUGAUCAAGUCAAACAUCUUCCUGCUAUUGGGAGGUCAUUGCAAGAUCAUAUUCAGGAGAUUGUGAAUACUGGAAAGUUAUCUAAAUUGGAGCACUUUGAGAAAGAUGAAAAGGUACGAGUAAUCAGUCUUUUUGGGGAGGUUUGGGGAAUUGGUCCUGCAACGGCACUAAAAUUAUAUGAGAAAGGGCAUCGCACCCUUGAUGAUCUCAAACAGGAGGACUCAUUAACCAAUUCACAGAAGCUAGGGUUGAAGUUUUUUGAUGAUAUUAAGAAAAGGAUUCCCCGGCAUGAGGCCAAAGAAGUGGAGAAGCUUCUGCAAAAGGUUGGUGAGGAAAUUCUGCCUGGGGCGGUGGUUAUUUGCGGAGGAUCAUAUAGACGUGGGAAAGCAUUUUGUGGUGACCUAGAUGUCAUAAUUACUCAUCCUGAUGGAGAAAGCCAUAAGGGCUUUUUACCUAAAUAUGUUCAACGUUUGAAGGACAUAAAUUUUUUGAGAGAGGAUUUGGUUUUCAGCAUUCAUAGCACAGAGGGAACUGAUUCCGGGAUUGACACUUACUUCGGCCUCUGCACAUAUCCUGGACAAGAACUGCGACAUCGCAUUGAUUUGAAGGUAUAUCCAAAGAUCAUAUAUGCUUUUGGACUAAUAGCUUGGACCGGAAAUGAUGUGCUAAAUAGGAGGCUAAGGUUAUUGGCUGAAUCCAAAGGAUACAGGCUUGAUGAUACGGGGCUAUUCUUAGCUACUCCAGGCACAUCUGGAAAGCGAGGGAAGAGAUCCAGCACUAGUGUGAGCUGCAAUACUGAAAAAGAGGUAUUCGAUAUGCUUGGAUUUCCUUGGCUGGAACCUCAUGAAAGGAACUUGUAAAUGUUUUGUUGCAUCAAAUGUAUAGUCUUCUAUCCUUUAUAUAGUCUCUUAGUGAGGUGAAAUUAUUCUGUGCGGAUACGGACGCUAUUCGGAGACGAAUUAGAACGCACCACGUUACCCGUUUGUUGUGUACCGUGGCUAUGUACCGUUGUGAUGUGGCACCUUCUGAUUUGCCUCCAGAUGGUCCGGUGUCCGCACAAAAUAAUUUUUCCUUAGAUAGGCCCGUGACGUUAAAUAAUGCAACUGGAUAUUGUGGUAGCUGUAUUUUCAGGCAAUUUUUUGGUUUAGGAUCAGGUUUUUGGAAGAAAUAGGUUACAUUAGGUUAGUAUGACCCUUCUAAUGUUUCAAAUUUAUGCAUAUUUAAUUCCGUUGCUGUUAAGUAUCAUCAAAUUGGGUCUUCAGGACU